GGAGCCGGAUCUAAGAUGGCAGCAGCGGCAGCGGCGGCAGGGCCGGGCGUGGGCGGCGCGGGGGCAGCCGGCCCGGGUGUCGCGGGGCCCUGCGGGGCCGUGUCCGUGUUCCCCGGCGCCCGCCUCCUCACCAUCGGCGACGCGAACGGCGAGAUCCAGCGGCACGCGGAACAGCAGGCGCUGCGCCUCGAGGUGCGCGCCGGCCCGGACGCGGCGGGCAUCGCCCUCUACAGCCACGAAGAUGUCUGCGUGUUCAAGUGCUCGGUGUCCCGUGAGACGGAGUGUAGCCGUGUGGGCAAGCAGUCUUUCAUCAUCACCCUGGGCUGCAACAGUGUCCUCAUCCAGUUCGCCACACCCAGUGAUUUCUGUUCCUUCUAUAACAUCCUGAAAACCUGCCGGGGCCACACCCUGGAGCGGUCCGUGUUCAGCGAGCGCACGGAGGAGUCCUCUGCUGUGCAGUAUUUCCAGUUUUAUGGCUACCUGUCCCAGCAGCAGAACAUGAUGCAGGACUACGUGCGGACGGGCACCUACCAGCGCGCCAUCCUGCAGAACCACACAGACUUCAAGGACAAGAUCGUUCUUGAUGUUGGCUGUGGCUCCGGGAUCCUGUCGUUUUUCGCCGCCCAAGCUGGAGCAAGGAAGAUCUACGCGGUGGAGGCCAGCACCAUGGCCCAGCAUGCCGAGGUCUUGGUGAAAAGUAACAACCUCACCGACCGCAUCGUGGUCAUCCCUGGGAAGGUGGAGGAGGUCUCGCUGCCUGAGCAGGUGGACAUCAUCAUCUCGGAGCCCAUGGGCUACAUGCUCUUCAAUGAGCGCAUGCUCGAGAGCUACCUCCACGCCAAGAAGUACCUGAGGCCUGGAGGAAACAUGUUCCCCACCAUUGGUGAUGUCCACCUCGCACCCUUCACGGAUGAACAGCUCUACAUGGAGCAGUUCACCAAGGCCAACUUCUGGUACCAGCCAUCCUUCCAUGGAGUGGACCUGUCAGCCCUCCGAGGUGCUGCGGUGGAUGAGUAUUUCCGGCAGCCUGUGGUGGACACAUUUGACAUCCGGAUCCUGAUGGCCAAGUCUGUCAAGUACACGGUGAACUUCUUAGAAGCCAAAGAAGGAGAUUUGCACAGGAUAGAAAUCCCAUUCAAAUUCCACAUGCUGCAUUCUGGGCUAGUUCACGGUCUGGCCUUCUGGUUUGACGUUGCUUUCAUCGGCUCCAUAAUGACCGUGUGGCUGUCCACGGCCCCGACGGAGCCCCUGACCCACUGGUACCAGGUCCGGUGCCUGUUCCAGUCACCGCUGUUCGCCAAGGCCGGGGACACGCUCUCAGGGACAUGUCUGCUUAUUGCCAACAAAAGACAGAGCUACGACAUCAGUAUUGUGGCCCAGGUAGACCAGACGGGCUCCAAAUCCAGUAACCUCCUGGACCUAAAAAACCCUUUCUUCAGAUACACAGGCACGACGCCCUCGCCCCCGCCCGGCUCCCACUACACGUCCCCCUCGGAGAACAUGUGGAACACCGGCAGCACGUACAACCUCAGCAGCGGGAUGGCCGUGGCUGGGAUGCCGACCGCCUACGACCUGAGCAGUGUUAUCGCUGGUGGCUCCAGCGUGGGCCACAACAACCUGAUCCCUUUAGCCAACACGGGGAUUGUCAAUCACACCCACUCUCGGAUGGGCUCCAUAAUGAGCACGGGGAUUGUCCAAGGGUCCUCUGGCGCUCAGGGCAGCAGCGGCGGCAGCUCCAGUGCCCACUACGCGGUCAACAGCCAGUUCACCAUGGGCGGCCCCGCCAUCUCGAUGGCCUCGCCCAUGUCCAUCCCGACCAACACCAUGCACUACGGG